CUCUUGGCUGUCAGGGUAAAGCGGACUGACAGUAUGGCGGCGGCGUACAGCUGGAAGGAUGCUACCAUUGCCAGCGGUGUGUCCGUCGCCGGCAGGACGUAAAUGGACUAUUGAAGGAACCCAGAGAAGAGGAAUAAGCGCGAGAGGCCCGUCGCCGUGAACGCCCGCCAUGGCCAGGCUCGCCGACUACUUUGUGGUGGUCGGUUACGACCUCGACAAGCGAGUGGAAGGCGAAGGUGAGGGUCAAGGUCGCAUUCUCCAGCGGUUUCCUGAGAAAGAUUGGGAGGACAGCCCGUUCCCACAAGGCGUGGAGCUGUUCUGCCAACCCAGCGGUUGGCAGCUGGUCCCCGAGCGUCAACCCCCUUCCUUCUUCGUGGCAGUCUUGACCGACAUCAACUCCGAGCGGCACUACUGCGCCUGCUUCACGUUCUGGGAGGGCCAGGACAACCCGCAGCUGCAGAAGGCGCGGACCAGUGACGUGGACGAGGUGGACGAGGACCCAACUGUCAUCCAGCCAGCUCAGGUCUUUGCCCCAAAGAGUCUGGUCCUGGUGUCUCGGUUGGACUACACUGAUGUUUUUAGGAACUGCCUGGCCUUGGUCUACACCGUCCACGUCGAUGGCCUGACUGUUCCGUUAGAGACGGUCAUCGGAAAUCUGCUCACAUGCGUCAUCCCCAUCGCUGGAGGCGCCCAGAUAAUUGAGUCCCGAGUUUGUAGUUUAGACAUGGUUCCUCAGGCCUGUGACUGGCUGCUGGCCUGUGUCCAGCCGGGCCAGGAGGAGAGAGUGGACAGUUUGCGGACCAUCACAUUAGGCGCUGGAGACCGGCAAGUUAUCCAGACUCCCAUCAACGACUCCCUACCCGUCAGCGGCAGCAGCGCGGCGCAGCUGUUCCGGCAGCUCGGGAUAGUCAACGUGCUGUACCUGUUCUGUGCCGCUCUGACGGAGCACAAGAUCCUGUUCCUGUCGAGCAGUUACCAACGCCUAACAGACGCCUGCCGGGGCUUGCUGGCGAUCAUGUUCCCCCUCAAAUACAGCUUCACAUACGUUCCCAUCCUGCCCGGUAAACUCCUGGAAGUCCUCAGCACUCCCACUCCUUUUAUCAUUGGCGUCAACUCGUUUUUCCGCUCGGAGACACAAGAACUGUUGGAUGUCAUCAUCGCUGACCUGGACGGUGGCACCGUCACCAUCCCCGAGUGCGUUCACAUCUCCCUGCUGCCCGAGCCGCUCCUCCAGCAGACUCAGACAGCGCUCUCCAUGGUUUUGGAUCCCGAGCUGGAAAUCGCUGAUCAUGCCUUCCCACCCCAGUCCUCGCUCCCUUCGGCACCCAAGAUCCAGGAUAAGGAGAUCCGGGCGAUUUUCCUGUGGCUGUUUGCUCAGCUUUUCCAGGGUUAUCGCUGGUGUUUACAUAUCAUCCGCAUUCACCCCGAACCAGUCAUCCGCUUCCACAAGGCGGCCUUCCUCGGCCAACGAGCGCUGACGGAGGACGACUUCCUCAUGAAGGUGUUGGAUGGCAUGGCGUUUGCGGGGUUCGUGUCCGAACGGGGGCCUCCCUACAGAGCAACCGAUUUGUUCGAUGAUCUGGUAGCCAACGAAGUGGAGAGGAUACGGCAAGAAGAGGCCUCGCCGCACAAAGUCAUGAAUCACAUCAAGGAGUUGGCCGAGCAGCUAUUUAAAAAUGAAAACCCCUACCCAGCAGUGACCAUGCAUAAAGUCCAGGGACCGUCGGGAAAUGGCCAGAAAGCGACUCAAAGUCAGAGCCCCUUCCCUGGGUUGGACGAGGUCACGGUCCAGCUCUUCAUCGACCACGCCACCGCCAAGCUCAAGACAGCGCCGCCGGUGGUCAAGGUGGAGGUCAAGAGCAUGGUGCCAUCCGGACCCCCAUUGGGAGACAUGGUGGACCGGAACAGCAACGUGAUGGCCAACAGCGCCCGUCGGCUGGAGGUUGUCCGGCACUGCAUCACAUACAUCUUCGAGAACAAAAUGCUGGAGGCCAAGAAGCUGAUGCCAGCUGUACUUCGGGCUUUGAAGGGUCGGGCGGCUCGGGUGUGUUUGACGCAGGAGCUCAAUCAGCACGUUUUGCAGAACCGGGCGGUGCUGGAUGACCAGCAGUUUGACUACGUCGUCCGAAUGAUGAACUGCACCUUACAGGACUGCUCGCAUAUGGAUGAACAUGGCAUCGCGGCGGCCCUUCUCCCAUUGGUCACAGCCUUUUGCAGGAAAUUAGGAGCAGGCAUCACUCAGUUUGCAUACAGCUGCGUCCAGGAGCACACGGUGUGGACCAACAUGCAGUUCUGGGAGGCCAUGUUCUACAGCGACGUCCAGAAGCACAUUCGGGAACUUUACCUGGAGACGGAGGACGGCGAGCAUCACAACCACAUUGAGCAGCAGGAGGGAUCGGGCGGCGGCCGGGAAAUCGGCGCCCUGGAGCUGGCGUCGGAGCAGAGCCGCCUGUGGCCGACGCUCGGCAAGGACAUGCAGACGGAGCGCGUGCAGAAGGAGGAGAGCACCGUGUUCAGCCAGGCCAUCCAUUACGCCAACAGGAUGAGUUACCUGCUGCUGCCGCUGGACACCAGCAAGAACCGCCUGCUCAGGAGCUCGGGCCUCGGGGACGUGGAGAGCGUCAGCAACAGUUACGUCACCAACAGUAUUGCAGGGAGCAUGGCAGAGAGUUAUGACACAGAAAGCGGCUUUGAAGAUGCCGAGAGCUCUGACGUGGCCAACUCGGUGGUGCGUUUCAUCAACCGCUUCGUGGACAAAGUCUGCAACGAGAGCGGCGUGACCAACGAGCACCUGAAAGCUCUCCACACAAUGAUCCCGGAUAUCGUUCAGAUGCACAUCGAGACGUUAGACGCAGUCCACCGCGAGAGUAAACGACUGCCGCCAAUCCAAAAGCCCAAGCUGCUGAGGCCGACCCUUUUGGCAGGCGAGGAGCUGGUGAUGGACGGCAUGCGUGUUUACCUCAUCCCGGACGGGCGCGAGGAGGCCAUGGGAACGAUGGGAGGCCCGCCCCUGCUCCCCGCGGAGGGAGCCAUCUUCCUCACCACCUACCGGCUCAUCUUCAAGGGCACUCCCACCGACCCGCUAGUGGGCGAGCAGGUGGUGACUCGUUCCUUCCCCAUUGCAUCCUUGACCAAGGAAAAGAGGAUCUCUGUCACUUUACCCAUGGAGCAGUUUGUCCAGGAGGGAUUACAGCUGCGGUCCUGCACCUUCCAGCUAAUGAAGAUCGUGUUCGACGAGGAGGUGGCGGCCGACCUGGCGGAGGUUUUCAGGAAGCACAUGCACAAGCUGCGCUACCCCCAGCACGUGCAGGGAACGUUCGCCUUCACCAUGGGUCAGAGCGGCAAGCUGGUGGUAGAGCACAAGGCCAAGGACAAGAACCAGUCACUCAAGACACUUUCCAAAAACCUGGUCAAGAGCGCCAAGCGGACCAUCAACCGGCAGUAUGUGAUGAAGAAGAAAUAUUCGCCGCCCACCUGGGAGAACAGGAGCAGCUUCCAGUCGGAGCUGGAUGAAGACGAAAUUUCAGUUUCAGAGGAGGUGGAGCCGAGCUCCCUGACGCUGUCCUCUACCAUCCGCUCGUCAGACAGACAGACCAUGAGCAACGUGGUCGAGCGAGCGUGCUGCCGCGACUACCAGCGCAUGGGCCUGGGCACGCUAAGUAACAGCUUGACCCGCUCCAAGAACGAGCCCUUCCGAAUUUCCACCGUCAACCGCAUGUACACGGUGUGCAGGAGCUACCCCGGACUGCUCAUCGUCCCACUCAUCGGAUAA